CCACUUUUCCAUCCUACCUAGUUUAUGUGUCUCAAAUACUAGAAAUCUUUUUCGAAUUUUUUCCUGUGGCGGUCGGACUGCGACAGAGAAACUGAAACAUCAAAAGUUGUACGAUGACAUUGAUCUGCUUGUUUGACUUGCCUCUAGCAGACCCUUCCCUGUAUUCGUCUUGGAUAUGGGUUCACGUGGCACGGAAAUCUACAAUGAUAGAAGCAGGUGAAGGACCUAGCAAGCCUGUCUCCCACUCCCAUCACGUUCUUUUUUAGUCGAUCGCAGCUACCAUAAUAAUCCAUUGCUAAGGUCGGAAGUACCUCGUCCUGACAGCUCAAGCUCCUCGUACCUCGCCGAAACAGCGACAUUACUAAAUAAUCUUGCAUUGUCGUUGAGACGGAGAGAGUUCAUCGAAAUGAAUUCUCUCUCUCUUCCCAUCUUGUUCCUUUCCAUGAUUAGCUUCCUCUGUCUGACCGCUCAUGCAGCCGACCCAGUUUACCUCAAACACAUCUGUGAAAACACAACUUUCCCUCAAAACAGCAUCUACAAUUCCAGUCUCAAUUCCCUGUUCUCUUCCCUCUCUUCCAACGCCACCCGCAACCUCGAGUUCUACAACACCACCUCUGGGCAAAAUAGCUCCGACCCCGUCUACGGCCUCUUCCUCUGCCGUGGUGAUGUCACCGCCGAUAUGUGCCGGACAUGCGUGGCGACCGCGACCAAGGACAUCGCCAAUAAGUGUUCCCGGGAAAGCGUCGCCGUUAUUUGGUACGACGAGUGCAUGAUUCGCUACUCCAAUCAGUCUAUCGUCUCCACCUUGGCCGUCAGUCCCAGAUUUUUCCUGUAUAACGAACAGAACAUCUCGAAUCCGGACGUGUUUAACAGGCUGUUGAAUACGAAGUUGAUCGAAUUGGCAAGGCAGGCCUCGAACUUUCCAAUCGGUGUAAAAAAAUAUGGGACCAGGGAAGUGAAAAUAUCCGUCUUUCAAAAUCUGUACAGCCUCGUACAGUGCACACCGGACUUGUCGAGCAUCGACUGCAAUAGGUGUCUUCUGGCAGCGAUCAAUCUUCUACCCAAAUGUUGUGACGGAAAGGAAGGGGGAAGAGUACUUUUUCCAAGUUGUAAUUUUAGGUACGAAUUGUAUCCUUUUUAUAGAAGUACAGCUACGGCCCCCACGCUUGCUCCAUCUCCACCUCCACCUCCAGGCUCCACAACGGGAUCAAAAGGAAAAAGCAAAAUCUCAACAACAACUAUAGUCGCCAUUGUUGCUCCAAUUUCUGUCACUGCGGUGCUGUUCAUUUUGGGCUGCUGUUGCCUGAUUAGGAGAAGAAAGAAAUACAAUGGUGCAAAAGGAGAAAAUGUUGUAAAUGAUAUUAAAACUGUAGAGUCCUUGCAAUUUGAUUUUAAUACAAUCGAAGCUGCCACAAAAAAGUUCUCAGAUGAUAGCAAGCUUGGUGAAGGUGGAUUUGGUGAGGUUUUCAAGGGUACACUUCCUAAUGGUCAAGAAAUAGCCGUGAAGAGACUAUCAAGGAGCUCUAGACAAGGUGCAGAACAAUUCAAGAAUGAGGUUGUAUUGGUAGCUAAGCUUCAACACAGAAAUUUAACAAGGCUAUUGGGAUUUUGCUUGGAAGGACAAGAAAAGAUACUCGUCUAUGAAUUUGUACCCAACAAAAGCCUCGACAAUUUUCUAUAUGACCCUACAAAACAUGGACAACUGGAUUGGUCAACGCGUUACAAGAUAAUAGCCGGGAUUGCUCGAGGAACUCAAUAUCUUCACCAAGAUUCUCGACUUAGAAUUAUACACCGUGAUCUCAAAGCCAGCAAUAUAUUGCUAGAUGCCGAUAUGAAUCCAAAAAUUUCAGAUUUUGGCAUGGCAAGGAUCUUUGGUGUCGAUCAAAUUCAGGGAAACACAAGUAGAAUUGUGGGAACUUAUGGCUACAUGUCUCCGGAGUAUGCAAUGCGUGGAGAAUUUUCUGUGAAAUCAGAUGUCUACAGUUUUGGUGUCUUAAUUCUAGAGAUUAUUAGUGGCAAGAAGAACAGUACUUUCUAUGAAUCAGAUGGUGCCGAGGACCUCUUGAGCUAUGCUUGGAUGCAUUGGGGGGAUGGUACGGCGUUGGAUUUGUUGGAUCCAGUUUUGGGAGAUACUUAUUCGAGAGAUGAAGUCAUGAGAUGCAUCCAUCUUGGGUUAUUAUGUGUUCAGGAAGAUCCAGCUGAGAGACCAACCAUGGGAUCCAUAGUUCUCGCACUAAACAGCUACUCUGUUACACUGGCACCACCUCAACAGCCCGCAUUUUUCAUUCGUAGAACAGACAUGCCAACAAAGGAUCUGAAGCCUGAUCAAUCAACAAGCAAUUCAAUGCCAUGGUCUGUUAACGAAGCAUCCAUUACUGAACUACACCCUCGUUAAUACCACAACCUCAACCUAUAGUUACAUAUGACUUUUGUUUAAGGAAUAGAAACUCAAAGACAAUCUGUUUCAGAUUCUAACAAGUCUUCCGUCUCAAGCAGUAUUCAAAACCCUUCGAAUGCUUGGUGACUAAUGGUAUAUAUGUUAUCGAGCAUAAAUAAAUGGGGUCGGUUUUUAAGGGUUUUUUUUUUUUAUUUUAUUUUUUUAUCUGUAUCCCCCAG